GACGUUGAUUGGCUUGUAUCCUCAUCUCUCAAUACAUUUUCUUGUGACGUCAUAAGACCUUUCGUUUGGAGUGAAUGUAUCUGUUAAUUGAUACUCGUAUAUUCGAAACCUUGACAACAACAAUCGUGUGUGUUUCGCCCCUUUUGGUGGUGGCUCGUGAAAAAUAUUAUUUUCAUCCGAGUUUAUGUGCUUUCCGGCUUGAUUGACAUUACUAUGAUAUGUGAAAUUCGUUGGGUAACGUAACUGGUCAAAGGAACAUUUAUUUUUGCUUUCAUUCAAGUUAUAUAAAGCUCUUAAGAAGGGAAAAUGGAAGAACAGGCUGUAAAUGGUUACCAGCCUCAGAUGGGGCUGAAUGGGCAUCUGGAGCCCACCAAACUGCUGCGGCUGAAGGUCAUUUCGGGCCACAACCUGGCCAAGAAGGACAUCUUUGGCGCCAGCGACCCGUACGUGCGGAUCGACCUGAUCCGGGGUGACGGCGACGACGAGGAGGUGCUGGAUGCCGUGCUCACCAAGACUAAGAGGAGGACGCUGAACCCGGUAUGGAACCAGGAGUUUCUGUUCCGUGUGAAGCCGGCCGAGCACAGGCUGGUGCUCGAGGUGUACGACGAAAACCGACUGACGAGGGACGACUUCCUGGGCCGCAUCGAGCUGCCGCUGGCCAACCUGCCCAGUCAGCGCGAGGGACGCACCAUCUCUGAGAAAAACUACGUGCUCCGACCGCGCAGCGCCCGGUCUCACGUGCGCGGCCACCUGCGACUGUACCACGCGUACGUGCCCGACCCGGCCGGCCUGCCGGAUGACGAGGACGCUCUGCAGGAGACGACCGAACACGAUCCGGACUGGGAGGUGGUAGAGGAUGGCGACACGGAUACCAGCGAGACGCCAGCGCCGCAGCCGUCCACGUCAGCUCCCGCCGCUCCGGCUCCCCUGCCCAGCGACUGGGAGGAGAGACAGGACGCCAUCGGUCGCGUCUACUACGUCAGCCACGCGCUGCGCCUCACACAGUGGGAGCGGCCCGACGCCGGGACGACCCAGGGCGCCACUUCAGACGAGUCACAGCGGAGUCUGGACUCGGCGCACGAGGUGUACCGGCGCCGGUUCCACAUCAGCGCCGAUGACUCUGACUCGACGCACCAGAACAACCACGCCAUCGUCGACCAGCUGACGCACAACCUCUCACUGCGAGAAUCAGACUCACGGCGCAGCUCCGUGGUCUCCGCCAAUGUACCCACCGAUCCGGACCUGAGUCCAGAGGGACUGCCUCCCGGCUGGACGGUCCAGAGGGCGCCCAACAACCGGAUCUUCUUUAUCGACCACUGCAACAAGACCACCACCUGGAUCGACCCACGCACCAACAAGCCGACGCCGCUGCCGGACGACCCCAACCAGCCGAAACGCGCCGACGAUGAGCUGGGGCCUCUGCCCGAUGGCUGGGAGGAGCGGGUGCACGCCGAUGGGCGCAUCUUCUUCAUUGACCACAAGAACCGGACGACGACAUGGGAAGACCCGCGCAUGCAGAACCCCAACAUUGCCGGCGAGGUGGUACCUUACAGCCGCGACUACAAGCAGAAAUACGAGUACCUGCGCAACCAGCUCAAACGGCCGUCGGGUGUCCCCAACAAGUUCGAGAUCAAGGUGCACCGUACAUCCGUGUUCGAGGACUCGUUCCGAAUCAUCAGCUGCGUGACGCGCGUCGAGCUCCUGAAGACCAAACUGUGGAUCGAGUUUCACGGGGAGCCGGCAUACGACUAUGGCGGUCUGUCCCGAGAGUGGUUCUUCCUGCUCUCCCACGAGAUGUUCAACCCCUACUACGGACUGUUCGAGUACUCGGCCAUGGACAACUACACGCUGCAAAUCAACCCGGCUUCGGGCCUCUGCAACGACGAUCAUCUGGCCUACUUUAAGUUCAUCGGCCGCGUGGCGGGCAUGGCGGUGUUCCACGGCAAACUGCUGGACGCCUUCUUCAUCCGUCCGUUCUACAAGAUGAUGCUGGCCAAGCCGAUCGAGCUGAAGGACAUGGAGAGUGUCGACUCGGAGUACUACAACUCACUGAUGUGGAUCAAGGACAACGACCCAGCCGACCUGAUGCUGACGUUUGCCGUGGACGAGGAGAACUUCGGCAAAAAGAACGAGCGGGAACUGAAGCCCAACGGCGCCGUCAUUUCGGUCACCAACGAGAACAAAAACGAAUAUAUCGGGCUGAUCAUAGAGUGGCGGUUCGUGUCGCGCAUCAAGCCACAGAUGAACGCCAUCUUGGAGGGGUUCAACGAGAUUGUGCCCCUGCCGCUGCUCAAGAUCUUUGACGAGAACGAGCUGGAGCUGCUGAUGUGCGGCCUGGGCAACAUCGACGUCAAGAACUGGAAGCAGAACACGGUCUACAAGGGCGACUACCACGCCAACCACAUGGUCAUCCAGUGGUUCUGGAGGGUGGUCCUCUCGUUCAGUAACGAGAUGCGCGCGCGGCUGCUCCAGUUUGUUACGGGCACCUCGCGCGUGCCCAUGAACGGCUUCAAGGAGCUGUACGGCAGCAACGGACCGCAGCUCUUCACCAUCGAGAAGUGGGGCGCGCCCAACAACUACCCGCGCGCGCACACCUGCUUCAACCGGCUCGACCUGCCGGCCUACGGCAGCUACCAGGUGCUUCGCGACCGACUCGUCAAGGCCAUCGAGUCACCGCAGGUCUUCGAUGGCGUCGACUAGUCGGCUCGCCGUGGUGCCCGCCGCGUCUCCUGCGUCUCCGUCAGUGUCUCCGCUGCGUCUCUCCAUGUCGCGGUACGUCCCCGCUGCGUCUCCUCUCAGUCUGUCGCCUCUUCCUCCGUGCUCUGUCAGGCGAAACUGCGGGGGCGGCGGGCGGCGGUCUGCGGGUUCUCCUCGCCGCCCGACCGCCGCUCUGAUAGGGUCGCUCUGAUAGGCUGACGAUAGCUGGGGACAGGCACCGAUCUAGGGGACCGUGCUGCUGUCUCUGUCCUAAAACUGCUCUGGACGGAGGUUAGGCGGCUUGACCGUCUCGCCAGGCGGCUGGAGGGGACAGGGGCUCGCAGUAGAGUCUACGGGUGCCCGCUGCUCCGUGGCGGCGCUAGAUGAGCGGAACGGACAGCAGAGACGGGUGGUUCCGGACAGUGCGGCCUGUCUGACUCCCGAUCGGCCGGGGAGCGGGGGAGGACGCGGCGGGGCUGGCAGCUCCGCGGGUGGAUGUUCAUGGGCGGCCGACUGUUCGUCUGUGGGUCGGCGCCGCGUCCACGGCACCCGCCGCCGCUGCCGUCGCUGCCGGACGGGCCCCCGGGUCGUACCGUCAGUGAUAUUGGUCGCGGUGUCUCCGUCAACUGCCCCCUGCCGCGGCCGUGUUGUGUUCGCAUUUUAUUUGGUGACCCGGGCCUUCGCAGGCCCAGGUUAGCCCCUGUGAGGAUGGCACCUACCCGUGGUGGGUGGCCCUAUAUUGUAGGUAGCAAACUUAAUGUGAAAUUCUCUAUACAUCUACGGAGCGACGAGCGAUGAACUGAGGUUGUGUUGGUGUCAUGUGUAUGCUGCGAUGCUGCUAAGUUAGUCAUGUUUAUGGGAGGGGAUAUGAAUAACUAUUCUACGGAUAUGUCCUUAUAGAGUAUGCACUCUCUUAAUGUCCAAUCAGUGCUGUUUAGGUGGUAUGACGCGCCCUGGCGUAUAACCGACUGAUUCAUUGGACGCAUUAUUUCUCAGCGGUACUGAUCUGUUUGGUACUGGACGAAGACAGCAAUAGAUUACAGACCUUUUAUAUGAACUCUGUCAGCUAAUGUACGUGUGUUUGAUGUGUGGUUUGUGUCCCCCCGUAUCCUUUCCCAAAUUCCGGAACCCUGACUCCCUACGCUAACGGCUCCAGUAGUCGGUGACUUCUGUGAAGUGAGCACAUUCCCUCAUCCAGUAUAUCAAAUUUAGCGUUUAUUACCCUGCAGUGGUAAUUGGUAUUCACGUAUUUUCGCUUCGCACGCUCGGCUUUUCGACAGGAUCAUUUGUUUACGGGGUGCCGCGAGAGUGGCCUGUUCAAAAAUGCUUUGGAACGUCUAGGGUCGCCUCGUUUGAAGAAGCCUACCAAAUGAAAUAUGCUAACACUAGUUCGGUAUGUUUUAUUCUGGAUUUCCCCGUCGACUUAUGUUAUAUAAGCCUAAAGGGCACCCGCCUCUGCUCUAGGCACCUGCCUCCGUCUGUUGAUAUUUGCUCAAACCGCAUUCCCUCCCCUACUGAUUCCAAUCCUAGAUCCCACCUAACUAUUCCACUCCUCGUGAUCGUGGCGUAUUCCCGCAAUGCAAGAGGCUACCCAGCCACACCUUCUUAACCUUUGUGUGUUUCACCCGCCCGUCAUGGUUUUAGAUUAUGUAUGUAUGCUUAUAGCUACUGCGGACGGCGCUCGGCCCGUGCUCCUUGGUUUCAUUGAUGUAGUUCUCUGCACGCUGGUGUAUCACGUGAAGCAAUGUUGUGUCGACCGAUGAACGGUAUCGCCUGGUGGCACUGUAUGGGUAUGAGCGAUCAACAGGCGGCAAGUCCAGCCCGGAUUGAAGGCACGUCAAAUGAGUCGUCACCGGUGUGUUCAGAGAGUGUCCAAGCGCGUGUCCUGGUGUCCAGGCGCGUGUCCUGGUGUCCAGAUGUGUCCGCGCUGUCCGCGGGUGUGUCCGAAGUCCGUGUCCGGCUGUGUGAGACGAGUGCUGACCGGCGGCCCACGUCGGUCCGAGUGCAAUAUUGGCGCCUCUGCAGCAGCUCACUGUGUGUGUGCGUGUGUGUGCGGCUGGGCGCGUUGGCAGCUCGCUGGCAGGACGGCCGAUGUGUACCGCGCACCGAAGAACCUGUUGCAAUGCCAGCCGGCAGUGACGGCGCUGGGACUCGGUUCACAGCUGUGCAGUUUGAGGUAGAUCUGAUGGAUUACUGACCGGCUCCCGGCCGUCACACGCCGAGUCUGGACAGUCGGUUACGCGUGCGCAGCUGUCUGGGCCAGCCCGUGCCUUGUAGUGGAGUGGUCCGACUGAGUCUAGACGCCGCCGGUUCCAGCGCAGCCCAGUGGAAGCCGGCCCGCGCCGCUGCUUCAGCUGCCAGUGCCAGAGAUUGCGCGUCUACCGCCCCUGUAUGCUGUGCGAGUAUCGUAUUCAAUAUACAUACAAACUAUUGGU